AUGGGGACCGUUGUGGGUUCGGGUUUGGAUUUCAGGCGGACGGGAGGAAAGGGAAGGUCUGUUAGUAGUGGGGGGUCUGGAUGGGCGGGGUCCGGUUUUGAUGAGGAUUUGUCGGGCGAAGGAAUGCCGGGUAGGUCUGGUUCGUUCCCGAACCUGUCUCCUGCUCGUGUGAUUGCUGCAGCCGGAGUAGCGGGAGGAACAAGGGCAGCAAGAGCAACGGGGGCAGCAGGGGCAGUAGGUACAGCAGGGGCAGCAGGAGGAAGAGGCAAGGCUCCCGUGGUUGCGUAUGGGCAUUGUAGGUCCUUGUCGUUUGGAGGGAGCAGCAACACGCGCCUGCAGGCUGAUGAUUGCAGCGGUGACGAGGAUGACUAUACAGAGGACAGUUUUGGUGAGGAGCAGGUGGGCAGGAAGCGUUGCAAUGAUAUCGAGGUUUACCAUACAAGAGUUUCUGCUGGUGCUGGUGCUGGUGCUGGUGCUGGUGCUGGUGGUGAUGGUGCUGGUGGUUGUUCUGGUCAUGGUGGAAAGGGGAACGAGGAGAAGAAGAAGGCGUUCUGGUUCAAAAAAGGGGGGAAGCAGAGAGGGCAGCGAUCCUCGGAGAAGGCAAGAGGCCGAGUAUUUCCGAGGGAGGAGGUUUCAAGUAGGCAGAGACAGAGGGCUUCUGGCGGUUCAAGGGGUGGGAGUGGAGGUGUGGGGCACUCAUCGCUUGGUGAAGAGUGGGGUUCUGGUAACUCUGGUAAUUCGCCCUCCGGCCAAACAUGGGACUCAGAGGUUGCGAGCAGGCUAGCAGCUGUGGGCGCUCGUGUGCUAGCAGGGAGUGGCGGAGGAGUAGGGGGAGGAGGAGCUGGAGUUGGGACGGGGAUAGUAGGGGCAAGGUUAGCAGGGAGAGAAGCAGGGACAGAUGCAGGCUUCUCGAGAGGCGGUUCGGGGGACGAUUUGUUUGAUGAUAUCUCAGAAGGUGACGAGGAUGACUCCGAUGCGUUUGAGUGGCGCCCGUCUCGCCGCCGCACUCGCAUUCUGGGCGGUGUUGCCCGGUCCACGUCAGCAGUCACCUCUCCCACGUCAGCGAUGGGUUGGACAGGCACGUCGUUUUCUCCGGGGGGUGGUUUGAAUUCGACUUUGGGGGGUGACGGUACCUUGGGUGGCGUGUUUCCCCGUCACAGUAGUGUGGGUUCUGGUGGCAGGCGUGAUAGUGGUGACGGUAGAAGCAGGCACGGUGGCAGUGGUGAGGGUGGGAGGUAUGGUGGCAGUGGUGACGGUGAGAGGCAUGGUAGUGGCGAUGGUGGGAGCAAAGAGGCAAGAGGGGACAGGCGUAGGGGCAUUGGAACGGGAGCAGGAGCAGGAGGAGGGGGAGGAGGAGGAGUAGCAGGAGGAGGAGGAGGAGGGGGACGUGGGGUGGAAUGUGAAGACGAAGGGGCUGGGAAUGGGGAAGGGCUAGAUAUGAAAGGGGAGGAGGAGGAAGAGGGCAAGAGGAGCAGCAGCAGCAUCGCCAGCAGUUUGCAGCUCUCUUCUCCUCUGCCCGACGCCCCCACCCGCCCCUUCAGUCCUCGCACCGCCCCCACCUCCCCCUCCUCCCUCUCCCUCCUCGUCUCCCCCCGCAAUUCCCGAGGCCGCAGCUUCGGGUUCGGCGGAUCCACAAGCACGCGACAACCAGAGUGCGAGGAGCAGGCACUAGCAGCCAAAAAAUCCCAGUUGGCCACGUUCAGUCGAUGUGUGAGCACGGGAGAUUGGGAGGGGGAGGCGAUGGGAAGAUCACCGGGAGGAACGAGUCCACCAGAGGCCGUGGCGGAUGGCACGGCUGAUGGUUACACGGAUACCACCGGUGGUUACGCAGACGGCACAGGCGGUUACCACCUCGCACGUGAACCCUCCCUCUUCUCCCCAGUAGCAGAGGACGAGGGUCAGGAGCCCCUCUCCUCCUCCACACUCUCCUCCUCCGCGUCUUCCUCUGCAGCCUCCCUCUUCCUCCGCUCCAUGAGCUCUGGCAGAGCCGAGGAUCUGCUGCUGCAGCAGUUUCACCGCCACCUCUCCCCUGAGGUUCGCCCCGGCACUGCUGGUGGCGCCUGGGGAUGCAGAAACCACGCAGUUGACGAUUCGGGCGGCGGAAAUCGAAGUUCUGGCGAUUGGGGUAGUGGUAACGGUGGGAGUGGAGUCACAGGGAAGGGAAAGGAUGGGGUGGAGGGACGAGUGGUAGGUGGGCGCAGAGGGGAUCUGGGGCGUGGAGGGGUUGGGGCGUUAGGGGGCGCAGAAGCAGCAGCAGGAUUGCGAGCGGCGUUUGUGAGUGGGAGAGCGCGCAGCAGCAGCUUCAGUGGCGCUGCUGGUGGGUUUGCGGGCAGAGGGGGGGGCGGAUGGGGUGGGGAAGACGACGAGGGAAGCACACCCGGGGGAGGGGCGUCUGGGGGAGGCACACCUGCGGGCGGAACACCUAGGGGAGGGGGAUAUGGCAGCGGGACGAGCAGCGGCGCAGAAAGCACUGGGUCGGCUCAGAAGCAGCGGUGGCAGGAAUAUCAGCAGCUGCUGCCGCCGCUGACAUUGCCGCCUGUGCUGGAACGGAGGCUGAAAAUGCAGGAGGCGGUUCUGAAAAGGCAGGAGGCGCUGCUGCUGGAAGAGCUGCAGCAGCAGAAGGCACUGCAGGAGCAGAAGAUGUUGCAGGAACAGAAGAGAGCUGAGGAGCAGCGGAAGCAGGUGGAGGAGGGAGCGCACCAGCAGCAGCAGCAGCAAACGGAGAGGCAGCAGCUUGCAGGAAAGCAGGAGGCAACUUUGGUUCCGCAACAGGAAGAGUUGGGCAGACUAGAUGCACAAUCAGACACAAUGACAGAUGCUAUGGCAGAUGCUAUGACUCCCACACAGUCUCCUGUCUGCACGCCCCUCCGUAUGCCCGCUCGCUCGUGUACGGUCGUUCCCCCCGCACGGCAUUUGACCGCUACCGCAUUCGCAGCUUGGGGGCCAUUCCGCCAGGGGGGGCUUGUGGCUGGCUCCAUUGUGGUAGGUGGGACGGCGGGAGGAGGGGGCGCAGCAGGGUUCGGGGCGUCUGCUGCUGAUGGUGCUGGUGCUGGUAGUGCUGGUGCUAGUGCUGGUGCUGGUGCUGCCUCUGCUGCCAAUGCUGGUGCUGGUGCUGAUGCUAGUGAUGGGGAUGGGGCUGCUGGAGGAACUAAGGAGGGUGCUGCAGGGGCGAGCAGUGGGGGCGAGCAGGGAGGCGGGGCGAGCAGGCUGCGGGGGUCAGUGGGCCUCACAGCGCCCUCAGGCCUCACCUGGGACGAGGAGAUUUCCCGGAAGCUGGCUCUGCGGGGGGUGCAGGUGCGGCCGACCAGCAGCAGUGUUUCGGCAGCAAGCCCCUCGUCGUCUGCUCACCAGCAGCCGACGAGUCUCUCGACGCAAGAAG